AUGCCCGGGGCGAGGAAUUCCAAUGGGAAGCGACCCCAUCAGGCCUCUUUGCCCGAUCGGAGUGCUCCUAGGACACGCAUGGCCUGUUCUCGGUGCCAACGCCUGAAAAGAAAGUGUAAUUUGGAGUUGCCGACCUGUAGCAAUUGUCGUAGCGCUGGCGCUGAAUGUGUUGAUGGGAAAUCAUCCCGUGCUGAUGCUGCACCUCGACAAUACAUCGCAUCUUUGACGAACCGGAUUAAUUGGCUAGAGUCGAUUAUCCGAUCGAAUUGUCCUGACGUCGACUUAUCUCAAGGUCCUCCCGUCAACAUAGGAGAAUCCUGGAACGACACCAGCUCUGAAGUUACAGACAAUUCUGCUCUACCAGCACCUGAGCCGGUUCAACAGAGCUCUGAAAUUGCGCAAAAUUCUGAAAAUGAGCCGCCGGUAACUCAGCCAGCAACACAGCCGAUAACAUCUACUUCGGAACCCACAGGAGCCAGUGCCAUGACCCACGAGAUUGGGCUGGUUUCUCUCGCUACGAACCAAGAUCCACGAUAUAUCGGCCCAUCCAGUGGUUAUUUCCUAGCACGGGUUUUGCUAGACUCGGCCUCGAAAUCAGACGACAGCGUUGGUCGCGCAAAUCGCAAUGCUCCGUUCCCUAUAAGACUGGUUGAAGCUCUCCAGGGGCCACUUCCACUCCCGCCCAGAGACACGGCAAUGCAAUUGUUUUACGACUACCUGGAUAUGGCUUAUGAUGAAGAGAGCCAGGACCCUGCUGCCCACUUCCAAGUCUUUAUGGUUCUGGCGAUAGGAUCUGCUGUCCUUUCUGCUCGAACUAGAGCUCGCAUACCAGCAGAGUCAUAUUGUCUCUCAGCACUACAAUAUCUCGAUGAACUGAAUGUCGAGAACUCGUUGAAGGGCAUUCAGUGUCUUGUCUUGCUCCUCAUCUUCACCAUACACAGCCCGUGUGUUCGCCUCAAUGUCUGGUAUCUCAACUAUCACUGCAUCGCUGCCUUGGUCGAUCAAGGUCUCCAAAGGAACAUCAGCAUGGGACCAGAUUACAGUCUGCUUAAUCAGGAGAUGCGAGCCAGGAUCUUCUGGGUCAUUUACUCCUUCGAUCGCAUCAUUGCGACAAUGAUGGGUCGACCAAUUGGACUACGCGAUGAAGGACUAACGAGAAAGAUGCCAUUUGGUCUGUCCGAUGAGCAGCUUGUGAACCAGAGGCAACAGCAAACCGCCGAACCAUCCAGUGAAAUGGCAUUUGCGGUUCAUUUAUUCGAAGCUGCCAAACUCAACUCGGAGAUUAAAUACAUCGCGCAAAGUAUCAUAAGAGAAACGCCAAGAUAUGCUUAUCCUAGAGUGACUGACAUCAACGACUGGCAAAAUGCCAUGCUUCAGCGACUGGACGAGUGGUCAAACAAGAUACCAGGUCUUGGAAACCCUGAUGUGUUGUAUCUGCGAACGACUUGUCAACUUCGAUACCACGGCUUGCGAAUGCUUCUAUUGAGACCCAGUCCUGCCAUACCCAAGCCCCCCAAAGACGCCCUGAUUAAGUGCCAUCAGAGUGCUCGUGAGAGCCUACAGCUAUUUGACCUGCUGUACAAAAAGAACCUGCUUGUUCAUAACUGGACUACUUUCCACGGACUUGUUCUAAGUUCCAUAACUCUGUUAUACUGCAUUCAGUCAGUGUCAGAAAUCGCCCGCUCUACGGGUGUAGACGCUUUCAUGUCUGACCUGAGCAUAUCCCUCAGCAUUCUGGGUGCGACAGGUGAGCAUUGGUCUGGCGCCAAACACAGUCGCGAUAUAUUGGAUAACCUGGGCAAAUCAACUGUUCGAUAUAUCCGAGAGAAGAACAGGCGAUCGGAGGGUUUGCGUGACCGCUCUGCACCACAGGUCAAUGGACAGGUGAUUGAUCCUACACUCUCCACAGAUGCAUGGGAGAGUUUGGGACAGGAGUUCAACAGCAUCCAGGGAUCUUCAUCUCAGUUGAAUAUUGACGACGACAUGGGUUUCAUGCAGAACCAGUUCUACGAGGGAUUACUUAACGAGACAUUCGCGGAAUACUUUGAGCCAACCGAGUCGACAAAUCUGGAUAACAUUGUUCGCGACCUGUUCCAAGGCCUCAUUCCCACAGACUCAAUUUAA